UCCACCUUCAGCCAUAUUGAAUUACAGUUGACUGUUUUUUCAAACUUUUCCAGUGUCAUUUGUUGGGGAAAUGAUCGGGAUGUACUGAUGGAAACAUUGGUGAAUGUAUUCUCAUGGAACGUUAUGAAGUUUAACAUCUUUCUCUGACGGAUAAUACCUGAAGAAGAUUGUAGUUUCAUCUGACGUAUGCUCGGAGCAUCGGUAUUUACGGCUGAUGUUUCUAUCGCAUGUGGUAUUUAUAUCCUACAUGUGAAAUAGUUAUUCCAAAACGAGGAAUAAGAUUUAAUGCAUCCAUGUAAAUGAUCUUGUGGCACAGACGAACGUCUUUGCUGGCCUGGAUGUCAAACGCCCCCUCUUAGAAAAAGAAAUUGUGUACGGUGAACGACGUUUGAGGUGAAGUAGGAGGAAAAGGUAUUGAAAUAUUCAUUUGACUAAAUGGAUCACGUCUAAAGUUUCAGAAGUCUACAAGCUUGGGUGUCUUCGAAAGCGUUGCCUUGGCAACCGGGGCAAUACGAGUUCAAUUACACAAUCUUGAUACGGGUGUGGAAGCUUCUCUCUUAGACGUGUCCGUGGUUCCGAUGUGAAACUACAGCCUGGAUUUUUAAGUGGAUUAUUUCAACUAUUUAUCAACAUGACCUGAAUAUAUCUGAAGCAGACGACACCUUAAAAAGGAUGGAACCUGGGUCACGGAGCCAAUCUUUGGCACCAAAAUUGUCCUUAGCUCCGGGACGUUCUGGAAAUAACCGUGUUGUUAUUAAUGUGGGAGGAAUAAGGUAUGAAACGUAUAAAACGACAUUAAAAAGCAUUCCUGACACUCGACUGUCAUGGCUGACGGAGACGACAGCCCAAAACCCUGACUACGACAGGACGACUGGGGAAUAUUUCUUUGAUCGCCACCCUGGUGUGUUUAACAUGAUAUUAAACUACUACCGUACAGGGCGACUUCAUGCACCCACAGACGUGUGUGGACCCCUCUUUGAGGAGGAACUUGCGUUUUGGGGCAUCGACGAGAAGCAGAUCGAGCCCUGUUGCUGGAGCAACUACAGAGCUCACAGGGAUGCUCAGGAGACACUGGCGGAAUUUGAUGAUGGUGUUGGGGACGAUGGUGGGGAUACAGAUGUUGAGGAUGAGGAUGAGAUUGCCAAAAGGUUCGGGAUAGUGGAGAAGAAAAUUGAUAAACCUUUCUGGGAACGGUGGCAACCAAGGAUUUGGAGUUUGUUAGAAGAUCCGAAAUCUUCCACUGGAGCAAAGGUCAUUGCACUAAUCUCCGUCGUGUUCGUCCUUCUGUCCAUCUCGGUUUUCUGCAUGGAGACUCAUAUAAUAUUCCGGCACCCCCGGAACAGUUCGGCGGCGGCAGGGACAACUGUACGAGAAACUCAACGCUUAACACGUCCCUUGAUAUUCUUGGAUGUCAUUGAAUACACGUGUAUCACCUAUUUUACCAUAGAAAUAAUCAUUCGCUUUCUGUUUUGCCCCAGCAAACUUUCACAUUUGAAACACGCUUUAAACUGGGUGGAUUUUACGUCAGUAAUUCCUUUUUAUACAAAGAUUAUUGUGGUGGCCAUAGACCCAUCUUUAGAAGAUUCAACUGGAUUGUAUUUUCUUAAUUCGUUACGAUUAAUUAGAAUUUUUAGAAUUUUAAAAUUGACUCGACAUGUGAGCGGCUUGAAAAUUUUAGCUCAGACAAUCAAAGCCAGUGCAAAGGAACUUCUCCUGUUGAUUUUAGUUCUGGGUAUCGGAGUUUUGAUAUUUUCCUGUUUAAUAUUCUAUGCCGAGCAAGUUGAGGAAUCUUCGAAAAAUGACUUCCGGGAUAUUCCAAUAGCGUUUUGGUGGGCUGUGGUAACCAUGACGACACUUGGAUACGGUGAUAUAUACCCAAGGACGGGGCUUGGUUACAUCGUUGGUGCUAUAUGCGCACUUUGUGGUCUGCUCAUGUUGGCACUUCCGGUUCCGGUGAUUGUGAACAACUUCACCCUGUACUAUUCCCAUGCUCAAGCUAGGAUGAAGCUCCCGAAGAAGACCAAGAACUUUCUAGUAGGAGCAGCCGACGCCCUCAAGCAACACGACUCUCGCGUCAGUCUCGAGAGCGGUGAGAGCAACCCUGAGCGUUCUUCAAGCUCGGAUAUUCUCAAGAACCUUCAUGAGAAGGUGGACCGAAAGGGCAGCAAUAACAGCCAAGAAAGCGCCGACAGCGGGAUAAAAACAGUUAGCAACAGCGGGGAAACAAGCGGCAUCAGCGUCAUCUUCACCGACGAGAUAACGUAUCCUCAGCUUCCCCGGGUUCGAACCCCGCCCUCUGUCAAGCGGAAGAAAAGUCAACCUCGUCGACAAAGUCCUACCGCAAACGGCGGCGGCAGCACCAGAAGAGGUUCAAUGGCCUUGAAAAAAUAACGGGACGUCGAGAAGAAGAUCUCUGUUCCCUACAAUGGCGGAUGUCGACGUUUGAGCUGUCGACGGUGUUGACUUCGUUGAUAAGCAGCAAGAAAGUGGCAUUUGUAACAGCCCUUUGCUUCCCACAUACACUUGCUACCGAUUCUAACUUUGACAUCGACGUAUUGUGACGUCAUGUGUUAUUACAUCGACGUACUAUGACGUCAUGUGUUACGACAUCUCAUCAUGAAGCCGUCGGUAUGACCUCACAUGACGACGUCACAACCAUAUCUGUGAUGUAUUACGAAGAUAUUGGAUAACCAUGUGCAUUCAACACAACCCGGUGAUAAAAAUACUUUGCUUGGUGUAGUUAAGUAAAGUUAUUAAUGGGGCUGUGGGACAAGGAAUAGCCCAGACAGUUAUUCGCUGGACACCGUGUUAUGGAGAGACCGUAUGGUGGUAGAUAACACCAGUUGUGACAGUCUUACAUUACUGGUUUUGUAAAGAAUAUGUCUAUUUUAGGAUUGACAAAUAUGUGUGGUUUGUUGCUUCGGUUGAAAUGGUAGGUGGUUGUGGAUUAUGGAUGGCUGUUAAAAUGAUUCAUGAGGAUAUGAACGAAGUGAUACUUAACAUGUGAUAUUUUAUAGACAUUACGUUUAUAGAGAGCAACCGACAGAUUGGAACAAAGGAAUAGGAUGCAUGGUUUUGAAAACCAUAAUUAGGAUAAGGAAAAAACACACCAGUCAACUCUACCGGGGAACCUAGAAUGUUUAAAGAGUUUGUCAUGGAUGGGGGAUGAGUUUAAGGAGUUUUUCAAAUUUAAAAAAUGGAAGACAAAGCAAAGGUGAAUUGGAAUAGUGUGUUGUCGCGCUUUGAUAAAUUUUGAUAGUUUUCAGAAUUUUUUUUACAGGGCAAUGCGAGGGUGCCUUAACUGUAUCACUUUUAGUAUUCCAUGCAAACCACAGAUAUAAUUGUUAAUUUAAUAAAUAUAAUUAUUCUUUAAUAUCUCCCUCGCUGUAUCAUCUUUGCCACCCUGUCCUCCUUGUCCUUUUUGUCCUCAGACGUCCCGAGUCGCCAGUGGUCCACAUCCUCAGACAUAUCUGCACUCCCGAGAUUAUUUUACUAUUCUGAAAUCUCAGUCGUUUUCUUGGGUCACAGAGUAAGUUAAAAAAAGGAAAUGAAAACAAAAACAGUAGAUUAUUUUGCAAGGAUAACAAUUGGAACACUUUUCUUAUCGAUAAUUCAUUACGUUUGUGUCUGAAGGAGCUGAAGGGAUGGUCCCGCAUUCCAACCAAGAUAUGAAAUACGGGAGCUCCGACACGAAGUAUCGAUUCCAACAAAGAUUCAACAUUAAAGCAAUUUAUCAAGAGCUGCAGAAAUCUCGAGCUACAAAACUAGUGAUUUUUGCAAAUGAAUCCCUGCUGGCCAAUCGAUCCCACAUUACAUUAUCGUCUGCUUUGUUUUCAAAAUGGCGCUGGUUUAUGACGUCACGCUCGUGAAAUUGAUUGGCGCCAUCAAUCAGAUUGCGGGCCACCUGUUGAAACUCACACACUUGUCUGGAUUUGGGUAUUGGUGAUUUGAGAUAUGGAAACUGGGCACAAGAGAAGAAAAUGGUGACGGAAUGAGGUUGCUUCCAUUAAACGAUUUUUAAAUUGCUUAGCUAU